CACCAUUCAGCAUUGACUUCAAACAUGCAAUCCUCCGCCCGUUUGUUCCGCAGCUUCAGCACGGCUGCCAACCCCAAAGUCUUCUUCGACAUCAGCGUGGGUGGCAAGGCGUCCGGUCGCUUGGUUAUUGAGCUCCGCGCUGACAAGGUGCCCAAGACUGCGGAAAACUUUCGCCAAUUGUGCACUGGGGAAGCCGGCAUUGGCAAGUCCGGCAAGCCGUUGCACUACAAGGGCUCCAAGUUCCACCGCAUUAUUCCCAACUUCAUGGCCCAAGGCGGGGACUUCACGGCCGGAAACGGCACGGGGGGCGAAAGCAUCUACGGUGAAAAGUUCAAGGACGAAGCAUUUGUGUUGAAGCAUCAAGGUCGCGGUGUGUUGUCUAUGGCCAACGCUGGCCCCAACACCAACGGCUCCCAAUUCUUCUUGACGACCGUGGACUGCCCUUGGUUGGACAAGGCCCAUGUGGUGUUUGGCAAGGUCGUGGACGGAUUGGAAGUGCUUGACAUCUUGGAAGACCAAGGCAGCAGCUCCGGCGCCACGCGCGUGCCCGUGGUGAUUGAAGACUGUGGCGAAGUGACCGAAUAGACAGCUCGCACUCACACGUGGCACAGCCCCCAAUAGAUUCAUCCACUACAUCUACUUCACAUUGCAAACCAAAAAGGGUUGUGUUCUAGUUUACAAAUGUGUAUCAUAACGCUGCUACUAACUACUUGUACUGCAUUCUAACUGACACCCAAUUCAAUGGUCGACAACCGAUUUGCGCGGCACGACACCACCUUGUACCCCGACACGACCAAGGCCGUGGCCUCAUUGAUCGAGGUGGCCUCAACAUCCUCCGGCGUAGGCAUGUGGAUGGUGCUGCUGGCAACAUCGAGCAAGUAGAACAACGGGAGGACAGCUCCUCGUUCACCCAACGUUCUUGACGUAUCCCUGCUGCGGCAAAGAAGCGCUCGAGCCCCAUAUCGCUCCAUCGACGUCGGCACUGCAUGGACGUUGACCCGCCACAACACUUGGCGCUGCACAUAGCACCGCCCUUCCACCGCUCCAUGUGACACGUACACAACCACCGAUGAAACCGACGGCGACUCGAACAGAGCGCUCGCGGCGUGUUCCCGCUUCGUCCCGACGAGCUCCCAUGCGUCUUGGGUGGUCGUGCCGUUGGCAAACACGUGGACGUAGCAUUUUUCACUGGCGCUGGAUUGCCACACCACGAGCCACGUGGAUGAGCCGCCGCUGCGUACAGCCAAUAGGGACCCGUCGAUCUUGGUCUGGGACGCGAGCACAUUUGGAGGGGCAGAGUCAUGAUGGGGCAUCCCGAAGGGAAGCGCGAUGCGUUGCAUGUGUUUGGUGGGGAUGUUGAACAGAAGGCAGAGGCCACUCGUGGAUGCAAGGAGGACACUUGCCGAGUCGCCGAGGAAGUGGACGUGGUCGAGGGGAGGUCGGACGGCGGGGGCGGUGGAGGGGGUCGAUGGCUUUCGAUGAGGGCUGGUUGUUGGUGGGGAGAUAGGUCGUGCAACUUGGUCAAGUCUAUCGAUUGACUUAGCGGAGGACGAGUACACCAGUGUCAGGGUCAAAUCAAACACGCGAAACGACCCGUCUUGGAACCCCACCACGCAUCCGGAGGCGUUCACGUCCACAGAAAUCGCUCCGGCGCACGUCACCUCGGUUGCUGCCACUUGGUCGAGCGUCGCAGUGAGCCACAGCCGAAUCAUGCGACCUCGGGAGACUGUUAUGACGUGGGUGGCUGUGGCGGCGACACACUCGAUGGGACCGUCGUGGGCUCGUCGGAGCAGCUGCUUGCUGUGUGCGUCCGCCUCCACAUACCACAGCGCCCCGCUCGCGGUCACGACGAUGCCUUGGCCGCGAUCGUUCCAUGACAUGCUUGCGAUUGGACAGUCCAGCCUCACCGUGUGGAUUUCCAAGUCGUCGGGCGUCGUCGACGUGUGCUGCGACACGGUGAGCGUGUCAAGAUGGAGCUCGUACACCCACACACACGGAGCGGUGUCGGUGGCGAUGAUCAGAAAUGGAUGCACCCAAUGCAAGUGCCGCACCGAAUGGCGUCGGUGCAACGUCGAGACGGGGCCCGUGAUCGUGUGGCUGCGCAGGUCGUAGAAGGACACAGUGUGGUCCAUCGCGGAAUACACGAGGACGCAAUGGGGUAACCUCGGCGACGUCUGCAACAGUGUCACAGACGAGUCGGGCAAAAGGUCCACGGGAA